CAACUGAAUUUAUUUUUUUCUAGUCAAUACGAAAAAACAGUGAAAUUCACAUUGUUUACAUCACACAAGGAACUCAUACAACUGAACAUUAAUUAAGAAAAAAAGGUGAAAAUAGUGAGAUGUUUUACUGAAUCUUGAAAAAAAAAUAUGGUGGAGGGAAUGGAGGGAAGAGGUGCGUGAGAGGUGAGGUAAAAAAUGACUCCGAGGUUACUAUAUGCUACAUCAGACCAGGACGGAGGGAUCAUCACCCCCUCGGACACCCCAGCGUCUGUAUAGUGGGGUGCCUCCUGCUGGGGUGGUCCGGGGGGCGACGAGGAAGAUGGUAGGGGGAGCCACACCCCCACCAGUCGCCAUCAACAAAGUGCUGGACGCCUGGAAUGAGAUGAUAGAAAAUGAGAACCACAGUCUGCGGGAUCGUGUGUCAGACUUAGAGAAAAAGGUCCACGAGCAAAAUGACGAGAUUAUGUGCCUCCGGUCCACCCUGGCUGAUGUCCUGAGAAGAUUAAGCACAGUUGAAGGUGCUAGUAGAGUCAGCAACAGCCACAGUAUUGGACGGGCGACUCCCACCAAGGAAGCCGGGAUCCGUUUACGUCACCAGAACAAUGACAUAAGGGACUCCUCCAAGCGGGCGUCUUCAUAUGUCCCCGGCCGCUCCACCUCCACCUCCCACAUCAGCAGACGCGGUGCCCACUACCAAUCCACGUCCAGCUUGUACUCUGACGGUCACAGCUCCUCCUCUGUUAGCCCCGCGCCCUCCCCUUCCCCCACCCACGCCCAGGCCCACACGCCUACCGUCCACCACCACCACCACCACGCCCCCUCGCCCACGGCCCACCACCACCAUGCCAGACACACUACCUUAGCCUCUCCUGCGCGCCCUGGGCCAGUGGGGGCGCUCAACAAGAGAUGGGCGUCUACCAGUGACUUCGCCACGCCCAGUCGUGUCGGCCACGCCCAUUCCCCCACGCCCACUAACUCACAGCUUGCCAGACGACCCAACAGCGGCUCCCUGCACAACCUCACCACCCUCAGGAGCGCCACCUCUCAGCUGAACCUCGGCAGGCACGGAGCCCGUGAAGCACAGUACAACCCCGAUGAAGGUGUAGUGAAGCUGUACCUACGCGGACGUCCACUCAACCUGUACGUCCCCACCGCCCUGCAGGAGACGUACUCGCCGACCGCCUCCACCUCACACCCUCCCGCUAAGCUCAAGCUGGAAUGGGUCUACGGCUACAGGGGACGAGAUUGCCGCAACAAUGUGUACCAACUGCCGACGGGAGAGAUCGUUUACUUCGUGGCAGCCGUCGUGGUCCUCUACAACGUCGAGGACCAGAUGCAGCGGCACUAUCUUGGUCACACCGAUGAUAUUAAAAGCCUGGCCGUCCACCCCAACAAGCUGCUCAUCGCCACUGGCCAGACCGCCGGACACGACCGCCGAGAUGCCAGGUCAUGGCGGCUCAACCCUCCAGCGGACCACUUGAGCCCCGAGGCCGAGGAGUGGCCUCACAUCCGGGUCUGGGACAGCGUCAGCCUCAACACCCUCCACAUUAUUGGAAUCAGCGAUAUUGAGCGCUCUGUUGCGUGUCUGGCUUUCUCCAAGGCUGACGGAGGAAGUCUAUUGGUGGCUGUCGAUGAAGCUCCCGACCACAACAUGUCGGUGUGGGACUGGUCGCGGGGUGAACGAGGCUACAAGAUGCUGGAGACUAAGUGUUCAGCCGACCAGGUCCUGGCGGUGGACUUCUCGCCCGUGGACCGCAGCACCAUCAUCACCUGCGGCAAGAACCACAUCUCCUUCUGGAGCUACGAGAGCGGGAUGCUGGCCAAGCGUAUGGGGAUCUUCGAGAACCGCGAGCGACCCAAGUACGUCACGUCCAUCUCCUUCACGGACGCCGGCAACGUCAUCUCUGGAGACUCCAACGGCAAUCUUCUCAUCUGGCAGAGAGGCGGCAACACAGUGUCCAAGAUGGUGCGGGGCGCCCACGACGGCCCGGUGUUCUCCAUCUUUGUGCAGAAGGACGGAGCCAUCAUCACCGGGGGCAAGGACGGACGCAUUGUUGAGUGGGACAGAGAGUUGGAACGUACUGGCAACAUAAUUGAGGUUCCUGAGCAGUACGGGUCACCUCGGGUGGUGACGUCCGGCCGCGGGUCACAGCUGGUGGUGGGAACGACCCGCAAUUGUGUUUUGGAGGGAACGUUCACUUUCCCGAUGCGACCCGUCAUGCAGGGACACACGGAGGAGCUAUGGGCGUUGACCCCACACCCCGGCCACCACCAGUUCCUGACGGCCGGGUAUGACCGCAUCUGCUACCUGUGGGACACUAUGGCUCAUACCAUUGUGUGGAGCAAAGACAUCGGUGAACACGCCCAGUCUGCCGCCUUCUCCAGCAACGGGGAGAUUGUAAUAAUUGGCACCACAAGCGGGCGAUGGUUCGUCAUGGACGCCGAGACUCGCGAGAUGUACUCCCAACACCAAGAUGGUAACGAGCCCAUCCAGGUUCUCAAGUUUUCACCAAACGGCCAGUACCUCGCCGUUGGUUCUCGAGACAACAACAUCUACGUCUACCAGGUCUCCGAAGAUUGCCGCAAGUACACCAGGAUUGGAAGAUGCCAGGGUCACGCCAGUUUUGUGACUCACUUGGAUUGGUCAGCUGAUAGUCAGUUCCUUCAAUCAAACUCCGGAGAUUAUGAACUGCUCUACUGGAAUGCAGGGCUGUGUCGCCAGAUUGUUCAGACGUCACAGAUGAGGGAUGUAGAGUGGGCCAGCAACACCUGUACUCUCACCUUUGCCACGCUGGGUAUUUGGCCCGAAGGUGCAGACGGUACCGACGUCAACACCUGCGCCAAGGCCAACAAUACUGGCCUGCUGGCAACCGGUGACGACUUCGGCAAGGUGAAGUUGUUCAGCAGCCCGGCCUGUCACCAGAAGGCUCGAUGUCUGGAGUAUGGCGGCCACAGCAGCCACGUGACGUCUGUUGGAUUCCUCCACGACGACUCAAGGUUGAUCACUACCGGCGGACGGGACACGGCGGUGAUGCAGUGGGUGGUGUCCCCUACAUCUCCCUCCGCCUCACAGCGCUGAGCGGGACGGGAGAAACACGGAAGAUAAAAGAGAAACUGAGCGAUUCUUGAAAGUGGAAUAGAUACAGGGUGUCUCAGAAAAAUAAAGGUACACUAUGCAUUUUUUGGGACACCCUGUAGAUACUUGUAUAAUUGAUGAAAUAGAUGAUCUUAUUUUAUUUUAUUUUUUUGAAGAUGGAAGAUUGUGGUGUUGAGGUCAUCUAUAUAUGGUUGUACAUAGUGGUGUGUUAGAUGGCAGAGCAAGAAUAGUCUUUUGUUAAGAAUACAUAAAUAGUUAUAUUUUUUAUUAACACGGGAAUGAAGAUUUUUUGAAAGGUGACACACAUUAAAAAAAAAACGGCAUCUAUACAGCAGAUUGACCCCUUAUGUAUGGUGUGCAUCCAAGCUGAAUAAAAUCAUCUGACAUUAGCUGAACAGAAUGUUAAAAAUGGCGUCCCCGUAUUGAAGGAAUUAAAAACAAAUUCUGGAAGAUAUUAUAAAUUGAAAGAAAUUAUUUGAGAGAAUUAAUUUAUCUGGUUGUGAAUGCCAUGACGUUGGGUGCUGGAGUUUUAACCCAAUACCAACGCGAGAAUCCUGUCAGUAUGUAGAGAAGAUGAGUAGAGUGUCUUAGAGUAGGUUUUUUGACUGUACUCUUCCAUCUAUUUUUUUAUAUUAAUGAUAAUUUUCAUCUUGCAUUAACUGGCCGAUUCUUUUUAUAUAUUUGGUCUUCCUAAUUACACCAAUAGAGAGAGAGAGAAUUACCUUGGCGAUCGUUAGGUAGGUAGUUCAGUGUAUAAUAUUCGAGCUUGUUUACUUUACGUAGUGAUUCGGCGUAUUUCUCUACCCUCUGGUAAUUUUUUUCAAGGAUGGUCAUUUUAAUUGGAAAUAAAAAUACGAUUGGGAAAUAUUUUGACAAUUCAAAUAUGAUUUUAAGACAAUUCCUGUAACUGGGAAUGUCACGAUAGAUAAAUGUUUUGGUAAUUAUUUUAAAGGCGAUUUUAGACGGUUCCCGUAAUUGGAAAAGUCACGAUAGAAAAACACUUUACAUCUCCUUAUGGUAUAGAAUGCUCUGUUGCUUUUCUUCCGCGAUAUUACAUUUGUUGUAUUGACGAAUCAAUUUGAUGUAGUCAUAGUCAAAAUAUUGCUGAUGAGGUUUCCUACUCUGAAGAUAUUUGGAUGCGAGUCUUUAUUAUGACAACUUAGAGACUCUACACAACAAGGAACAGAAGCCGCAAGAGUCACAAUGUAUGAAAACACAAAUAUAUUUCAUGAAGCUAAAACACAAAUAUAUUUCAUGGAGACUACAGAUAUAUUUCAUGGAACUACUACACAAAUAUAUUUCAUGAAGAGCUAUUGUACACAUAUAUAUUUCGUGAAACAUAUAAGCCUAUACAAAAUACCUGCAAUGUCUUCAAGUGAGAUUUGUGCUUCCGUAAGUACUGUAGUCACGAGUUGUGUUGAUUUUGUUUGUUUAUGUUUUCGAGAUGAGUAAACAGCUUCGUGAUUGGUUCAUAAAAUGUAUAUUGAGUGUUAUAAACUAACUUUACAAUGA